AACCAUGUGCGCCGUGCUUAAAACAACCGUGGUGGUUAGAAAUGUGUGCCAAUUAGCCAUGAUGGAAAUUGUGUAAUUUUUUGACUAUAUCGGACCACGCAUUUGAUUUUACCGUACUUUGUUGUGAAUUAUUUUUAUGUAAUUGAUCGAAUAUUUUUGAAAUGAACGAUUCUAAAGAAGAAAUCAAGUCGUUGUUGACUGACGAAUCGACCAAUGUGGACCAUCUUGAGACACCAGCUGUCGCUCAAAAUGUUGAUAUGGAAUUGCCUACUCCCGUUAAAAAAAAAAAAAAAAAAGAUCGGUUACUUGAAAGUGGAGAAAAAAUUAUGGUCAUUAAUCUUUAUAAAUCCAAAAUGAUAAAACAACCUGGUAUCAAAUAUGAAGAUUUAAUGAAAUCCAUGUCCAAAGAAACCGGAAUUAGAUUGCGUACAAUUGAAACGACUGUGAGCGAGUACAAAAGAACACGUAAUGUCAAGUCACCGCCUUGUAAACAAAAAUGUCCGACAAUCAAUUAUAAAAUUAACGACUAUGGUAAAAAUACAAUUCGGCAAAAAAUUCAGUCAUUUUGGCUCAGACAUGAAAUACCAACAUUUCAAAAAAUUCUACAGGUCAUUAUGAACGAUUCAGACUUUUCUAAUAUAUCUGAAAGGUCUUUGAAGAGGGCAUUAAAAGAUAUGAGUUUUAAAUAUUCUAGUAAAAAAAAUCCGAACUGUCCACUAAUUGAAAGAGGCGAGCUCGUGUUAAUGCGGCUUAAAUACGUUGAGGACAUACGUCGUUAUCGUGACGAAGGCCGAACGAUUUACUAUUUGGAUGAAAUGUGUGUGAAUACCGACGACUGUACUAGUAACGUCGGGAUAGAUACUAAGUUAAAAUCUCAGAGAAAUUCAUUUUUGGACCCUCCAUCCAAGGGGCUGAAAAAUCCAACAACCAAAGGGAACUUCAUGAUAGUCGUCCAUAUAGGUUCAACUGAACACUUUGUUGAGGGUGGACUGUUAUGUUAUAAAUCGAAAAACAAAGUAAUGAAUAACGAUACCUUUUACAAGUGGUUCUGCGGGGUUUUGCCCAGAUUAAAUGACAAUUGCAUUAUAGUAAUGGACAACGCUUCUUACCAUUUGGUAAAAAAGGAACCCAUUCCUACAAUGGAUUGGACAAAAGAGAAUAUAAUAAAAUGGUUGGUGUCUAAAAAUUGUUCCAUUGAUGAUAAGCUGAGUUUGAAGUGUCAAUUAAUGAAAUUGGUAGAUCAAGUCAGUCCUCUUUAUGAUAAAUAUUUAAUAGACGAAGAAGCGUUAAAAACUAACAAAGUGGUCUUACAUUUACCUCCUUAUCACAAUGAGCUGAAUCCGUUUGAGUUGGCGUGGCCGGUGGUAAAAUGUCACUUAGAAAAAAAUAAUACGACGUACAAGUUGACUGAUGUACAGAAACUACUCAGCGAUGGAGUCCAGCUCAUAACACCCGAUUUGUGGGCCAAUUUCGUCAACCAAACAAUCAAGGAGGAAGAUAAAUUGUACAAAAUCGACUGGAUUAUAGACGAAAUGUUAGAUGCAGAUGAUGCUGUGAUGUUUGAUACUUCAGACUUCUCCGAUUAAUAUGUAUUAUUUUUUUUUAUUUUAAGAUUUGUAAUUGUAUGUAUUUUCGCAUGUCAUCAUAAUAAUAUACAUUCAUAUUUAAAUAA